AUGUCCCGUACGAACAAUGAUGUGGCGCCAUGGGACACCAGGCCUCCGCAGUCAAUGCCCCCGAAAGCCAUGGCCAUCUUUGGAACCGGAGGUCCCACGAACACUACAAGCCGUCAGCAGUUCUCGCAAUCUCGGGCGCUUCAUGACAUCGCUCCUUGGGACACCCAGCUUCCUGACGAUGACGAUAUAGUGCCUUGGGAACGCGAUCCCCAGGCACAUAUUUCAGGCACGCGGCCACUGAAUUCAUCUUAUUUCAACGAUUCUAGCGGCCGGGAUGCUCCAGGUUCGUCAAGGCGUCCGGAUACGGCCAGAACAAAUACAUCAGAUUCGCCGGAUUAUGAUGGUGAUGCAAGACGGCCGUCGAUAGCUAGUGCUACAACGGUCAGCAGUACAGGUUCAAGGAGCAGCACCGCUAAUGGUCGAUUCCACAAAAGCUUGAAGGGUUUCUUUGGUGAAGAUCCUACAGAUUCCCGGAAGGGAUCGACGGCAGACUUGGGAGAGUCAGUGCCACUUGCCAGCUCGUCGGACAAGCCAUCACAGCGGAGUGGUUCUGUCCAGACUCAGACCACCGUUGAUGAUCGACCCAAGACUCCUGCUCCUCUUCCUUCUAGUGAUGUUACGCCUUGGGCUUAUCAAAAUUUUGAAGAUGUCUCAAACUUUGGUUCGGCACCGAUCCGACAGGAGCAACAACAGCAGCAACAGCCGCAACACGAAACCUUACAGCCGGUUCCACCGGCCUCUACUCACAGGCGUGGUUUGCUUCAUCGACACACAAGAAGUAAAGAAGACCCACCAAAAGGCCUGCAAACCCCGGCCUCAAUGCCCAAAAGGCCUUCGACAAGUCGCGAGUCAUCGACGAGCAACCUGGCCUUCUACCGCAAUACACCGCCGAACAGCACGCCCAUGAGCUCUUCUACAACGCUCACGCGCAAUGCCAGCCCAGCACCUCAAUCACGCAAGGACGCUCCGACGCAAUCCGAAAAGAGAUCGAUAUUUUCGAAACUCACGAAAUCGCGUAAGGACAAACAGCCGUCCCAGCCUGAGCCGAUCAAGACCACUGUUGAGCCGCCACGGCCACCAGAGGAGCACAAGAAGGGUAGAACACAGUCGACCAGAACCACCGCCUCGGAUAUCUCUGACAAUAAAAGAGAUAGAGAGACAAGCGUUGCAUCGGUUGACAGCGCAUCAACGAUCAAAGCCACCGACCCUUCUCCGAAGCUUGAUCGCACACAAACGGCGUCAUCAAAGACGAGUAGGUUCACUCGUCAUGGGAGACAUCGUGGACCUAGCAUCCAAAGUGAUACCUCGGAGAAGGGCAAAGCAACAAGUGCACAGGCUCCGAUGCAAGCGGGGGUCUUCAGCCUUGACACGAAUUUUGAUGAUAUGUCAGACAUUAUUUCUCAGCCACCAGUCCCAAAAACUCCUGGGGAAGCAGGAAUCUGGACGGGAAAAGCUUCCGCGACGCCCAUGUCAGAACUCUCUGCCCCCGCUUGGGAUGCCCCGGAUAGUUGGGCUGUUAAGGGGCAGGAAGAUGAGGUGCUUGACAGCUUGCCAGAAAUCAAUGAGGACGGCCUGCCGGCCAUCCAGGAAGAGGAUGGCAUAUCCUACUUUAUGCGUGUCUUCAGAACCGAUGGGACGUUUGCGACCUUGUCCAUGUCUAUUAAUGCGACCGUGGCAGAGGUGCUUCAAUCUCUUGCCAAAAAAUCCGUUCUCCAUGACUCUAUUGAAAACUACCAACUCCUCAUGCGCAAACAUCAAUUGUCCAGACAGUUGGGGUCGGGAGAACGUCCUGUGGCCAUGCAGAAAAAGCUCUUGUACCUUGCAGGGUACACAGAAAGGGACAGAGUGGAAGAGGUGGGCAGAGAGGACAACAGCUACCUCAUUCGAUUCACAUUCAGCCAUGAGAAACAGACGGGUUACGGCAGCGGCCUUGACAAAGACCCGGCUUUCAACAAGAUGCAAAAAUUCAGCCAUGUGGAUCUCUCCGGGAAGUCGCUUGUAACAAUACCGAUUAUCCUUUAUACAAAGGCCUCGGAAAUAAUUUCCAUCAACCUUUCACGGAACCUUGCACUCAAGGUGCCAAAGGACUUUAUCACCGCCUGCAUCAAUCUGCGCGAGAUCAAAUUCACGGGCAAUGAAGCGUGGCGGCUACCACCCAGCUUGGCUUGGGCGAGCCGGCUGACUGUGCUUGACGUGUCAAACAAUCGGCUGGAACAAUUGGAACACGCUGAACUGCACAGAUUAAUGGGCCUUGUGAGCUUGAAGCUGGCAAACAAUAAGUUGUCGGAAUUGCCGCCCAACUUUUCGUACUUUCGCCAGCUUCGCAGCCUGAACGUUUCCUCCAAUAACUUUACCACAUUUCCAGAAAACAUAUGCAGCUUGAAGUCCUUGGUCGACCUUGACAUCAGCUUCAACAAGCUCUCCUCGCUCCCGAAAAUCUCACAAUUGACCACUCUCGAACGCCUAUGGGUCACGAACAAUGAUCUGAAAGGGCCCUUCAACGAGACUUUCGCAAGUCUGAUUAAUCUGAAGGAGAUCGAUGCAAGGUUCAACGCAAUUACCAACAUCGAUAAUGUAACAGGUCUUCCGAAUCUCGAACAGUUACUUGUCGGUCACAACAACAUCACGACAUUCAAAGGCUCAUUUCCGAAGUUGCGAGUAUUGGUCCUGGAUCACUGCCCGAUCACGUCGUUCGAGUUGGAUCAGCCUGUGCCUACGCUGUCUAGCCUUAAUAUUGCUUCAGCGAAACUAGUCGAGUUCAAGGAAACAAUGUUCGACCACAUGCCCAACUUGCAAAAGCUGAACCUGGACAAGAACCACCUUUCGAAUAUGUCUUCUCAGAUCGGACGGCUGACGAAACUUGAGUUCCUGAGCAUGGCCAAAAACCCGCUGAACAUAGUUCCUCCGUCCAUUGGCAAUCUCGCGGAGCUCAAAUUUCUGAACCUCAGGGAGUGCAAUGUCAAGAGCCUCCCUCCUGAGAUCUGGUACUGCAGGAAGCUGGAGACACUGAAUCUUUCCUCAAAUGUGUUGGAGACCUUUCCCAAGCAGAACGCGGCUCCGCCUCCAAGUGAGCCCAAAGACUACACACCUACAGCUACUCCAGGCCUGUCUACUUCUCCCAGCUUCGACGAUCUGGGCAAGCUUGAAGACUUCCAGGCUCGCCGACCGAGCCAGGCGUCAUCGGGAAUGAUGAGUAUCGGUAGCUCCCCAGGCGCACGGAAGAAUUCCGUCGUUUCGUUGAGUGCUCAUCGAAAGCAAUCCGUGAUCUCAAGAACAAAUACAGAGUAUUCGAUGUCGACUGCGACUCGGAAGGAUUCCAACAUAUCACAAGCUCGACUACACAAUACAUUUGCCGGGUCACUGCGGUACCUGUACUUGGCUGACAACCGCCUUGAAGACGACGUCUUCCGGGAACUCGUCCUCUUGCCAGAGCUCCGCGUUCUCAAUCUGUCAUACAACGAACUAGACGACUUCCCCCAAGGCGUGUUGCGACGCUGGCCUCAAAUGAGUGAGCUCUAUCUUUCAGGAAAUGAGCUCACAUCUCUACCUUCCGAUGACCUCGAAGAGAGUAGUAAUCUGAGAAUAUUGCAUUUGAACGCAAACCGUUUCCAAGUUCUUCCGGCCGAGCUCUGCAAUGUGCACAAACUGUCAACCCUCGAUGUCGGGAGCAACUCACUGAAGUACAACGUCUCAAACUGGCCGUACGACUGGAACUGGAACCGCAACACGAAUCUCAAGUACUUGAACUUCUCCGCCAACAAGCGCCUAGAAAUCAAGCCUGCUGCGCACCAGAACCAGUCACAUUUCCAUUCAAUGAACCGCAAUGACACUACGGACCUCACAAGCUUCAAUACCCUGAAGUACCUCCGCGUGCUGGGUCUUAUGGAUGUGACACUUUUGACGAACACGAUUCCGGAUGAUAACGAAGAUCGCCGUGUACGAACCUCGGCAUCCGUCGUUGGGGCACUGAUGUAUGGUAUGGCAGAUACUCUGGGCAAGAACGAGCAUCUGUCAACCUUGGAUCUCCUGAAACCGAAUUUUCGAGGCCAAGAUAGCGAGAUACUCAUUGGGAUGUUCGACGGCCAGACCAUGUCGAGCGGCGGUUCCAGGAUUGCCAAGUAUUUGCACGAGAACUUCUCGGCAGUCUUCUAUGACGAGCUGAAAAAGGCGGAGAAUCUGAAGGACACUCCGAUAGAUGCCCUUAGACGAACUUUCCUGACAAUUAACAAGGACAUGGCCAAUUUUGCGAGCAGCAACUUCGACACGAAGGAGCACAGGUUGGCUAAUGGUCACCGGGGUUCGACUGUCGCAAACAUCCUGGGCCCCGAUGAUUUGAGUUCAGGGGGGGUGGCGGCAGUCUUGUAUAUCAGUGGACAGGAACUGCACGUCGCGAAUGUGGGUGAUAUUGAGGCCAUUCUCAUCCAAUCCAAUGGGCAGCAUCGGCAAUUGACGAGAAAACACGACCCAGCGGAGCCUGGUGAACGGGAACGGAUUAGGGAGGCUGGAGGGUAUGUCUCUAGGCAAGGCAGACUCAACGAUGUCCUCGAAGUGAGCCGAGCAUUUGGCUACUACAGCCAUAUGCCGUCAGUCAUCGCCGCGCCACACACGUUCAAAUGCCAGAUUACCGAGUCGGACGAGCUCAUCGUCGUGGCCACGAAAGAGUUUUGGGAUUACGUUACGGUGGAUGUCGCGGUCGACGCGGCUCGAGCCGAGAAGAACGAUCUCAUGCUGGCUGCUCAGAAACUAAGGGAUCUUGCAAUGGCGUUUGGUGCGAGAGACAAGAUCAUGGUCAUGGUCCUCGGAAUUUCCGACCUGAGAAAGAGAGGCAAUCAUCGUUUCCGCGGGACCAGUCUGUCGAUGGCGAAGGAGAUGGGUCUCGACGAGGGGGCUAUAUUUCCAAGUUCCCGGAAAGCUCGGCGGAAGGGAGAGACACUCGUUGGCGACUCCCGGCUUGCUCGACUCGAAGAGCCGGAACCACCAGUGGGCGAUGUUGCGAUAUGCUUCACUGACAUCAAGAAUUCAACGGCAUUAUGGGAAAUCCUUCCAGUGCCCAUGAGAUCGGCGAUAAUGAUGCACAACGAGCUCAUGCGGCGACAGCUUCGUAUCAUCGGUGGUUAUGAAGUCAAGACGGAAGGCGAUGCAUUCAUGGUGUCAUUUCCCACCGUGACAUCAGCGUUGCUUUGGUGUUUCAGCUGUCAGAGUCACCUUCUGGAAUUGCCCUGGCCCCAGGAGAUCCUGGAGACGGUUCAUUGCCAGGAAAAGUUGGACUCGGAGCAGAACACCAUCUACCGUGGGCUGUCAGUCAGAAUGGGAAUGCACUGGGGGCGGCCCGUGUGUGAGCAGGAUCCGAUCACUCGAAGAAUGGAUUACUUCGGGCCCAUGGUCAAUAAAGCUGCCAGAGUCUCCGCUGUGGCCGACGGCGGACAGAUUACUGUGAGCAGCGACUUUAUUGCCGAGGUUCAAAGGACACUGGAAAGCUAUGCAGACGAUGACCGGCGAGAUUCUGUCGGCUCAGAAGAUACAGUUAAUGACGAUCCGCUGUCGGUCCAGAUUCGCCGCGAGCUCCGUCAACUGAGCAGCCAAGGGUUUGAGGUCAAGGAUCUUGGAGAGAAGAAGCUGAAGGGCCUCGAAAAUCCGGAAUACAUCUACCUGAUGUAUCCUCACUCGUUGGCAAGUCGGCUGGAAAUACCGCCUGGUGCGGAGCAGAAAGUCCAGCUGGGAGGCGAGUCGCCUUCCACGGGCGACGACAAAGGCCAACCGGGCACUCUUGGCAAGGAUAGCCAACUGAAGGAUCUGCAGCUGGACGAGGUCUGGAAACUCUGGGAUAUUGCCCUGCGCCUGGAGAUGUUGUGCAGCUGUCUAGAGGCUCCGGAGCGGUCAGCCGGACUGCACAAGCCGGAAUUGAGUCUGCUCACCCGAAUGAAAGAACGGGGCGGCGUCCAAACAGAUGGGUUCAUGAUGAACCUUCUGGAACACCAGGUGACGCGAGUCGAGGCAUGUGCAACGACCCUGCAACUUCGACACAUGUACCAACCUUUCCAGAAGGGAGUCAGUCUCUUUGAUCAGGCCAAGCCAAUCAGCGAGAUUCUGCGCGAGAUAUCGACAAUCCUCGCCGAAGUCAAAGAAGAGCGCAACCAGAUUCAUACUCCCGACACUGGAGAAGAAACCGACUCAGAAUGA